AUGAAAGCUGUCUCCCGACCUGAUUUUGACCGCAAAGGCAUCAUCUGCCGUGGCGCACCUACGGCUGUGACCGUAUUAUCCGAAACGGCCGAGCGAAGACGUAACUAUCCUGACUUUCGUGAGGAAAUAUGCAAUAAAAAUCGCAGACCGACACUUGAUGCUCUCCAGCAAAAAAUUCCCCGCAUUCAACCGGAAAGCGAAAAACGCGCUACUAUCCUUCAAAUGACCGCAAAGUAUAUCAAUUCACUUAUGGCUCGUGUGAAUUUGCUAGAAAAAGAGGUUGCUGUGUAUCGGCAAUCUGUUGGCUCAGACCAUGUUGUGGCCGCUGAAAAUGAUGCUCCGGAAUCAGGCGGAUUUUCUCGGAAAAGAAAGAAUGGUGAUCUCUGUAGAUCCCCCUUUUCCGCCGUACAGAUCAAAUCUAACGUAACGGAAAAAUCAUCUGAGCCUUCUCGCAUGCGUAGGAGGAAGGCAGAAACAUCAUCUGUUCGCUACGAUCCCCAAGAGGGAGUGACAAGCAUACAUUAUGUUCCAAUUGAACAGGAUUCUAUGCCAUUUCAGGCGGUUAGUGGCACCCUAACUGCCAGAAACUACACAAUUAUUUCUCCUUCGAGCUAUGUGUCAGAAUCGCCCAGACCCGAAAGCACGAGCAGCACGGCCGCACGUCUAGAGCAUCUUGUGAUGGCGAUUGAACAGAUAGAGGGCGGCCGGACACUAAAUGUUUCCUCUGAUCAAGAAAGUCCGGAAGAAUGUAGUCUUUCUGUUGAUCCUUCUCCCACCAUGCCGAGUGAUUCAUUAUUUCAUCAAGGUCAAGAGAAUUUUACAUUUACUUAUGCAACACCGCAACAAGUAUCUAUCUUGAAGCCAACCUCAGAUGUGUUUCCCGAGAUUUUUGCUCAGUCUGGAGAUAUUAUACCCACUGACCUUACCGAUGUUUGUAAACGGAAACUCUCCGAAAGCAGCUCAUCUGGUGAAUAUCCCAUUGUCGCUAAAUUGCUCAAUCGUCCAAUUCCUCACAAAUACCUGCAUAGGCCGCAAGUUGUUGUUAAUAGUACCCACUGA